AGAUGGUUGGUCCAAAGUAGAAACCCAUUAAUAAAGCUUAAGGCCCGUAACCCAUGGCGGAGCGAGGCAGAGCGUCGUGUCCAGCCUUGUCAGUGUUAGAAGAAGAGAUAGAGAAGCAAACAAACCCUAGCGCAGAGAAGAGAUAUUCUUCUUCGCAGAAUCAUUGCAGUUGCGAGCAGGCCGAAGAAACCUAACCUGCAUUCGAAAAUCAGCCCCCUUGGAAAUCCCAACACUAGUGUGGUACCUGUGCUCGACGAUUGGGUGUUCAAGGGGAAUUAGCUUCGUCUCGCAGAACUUCAACGCAUCAUUCGUGACCUUCGCAAACGCGUAACCGGGUCAACCCGUUUUCACAACAUAUGAAGGCUCCGAAUCUGAAUCAAAUAGUAAUUCGUGCUCAACAACAACUCCUCACAAACCCUAACCCCCAAUUCUUGAACCCCUUACUGUCACAACUCACGAAUUCUCGAAAUGCUUUCUUUGAUCUUUAUAACCAGAUGCUCUCACAGCCUUUCUCCCACAACCACUACACCUUCACCCACGCCCUCAAAGCCUGCUCCUUCCACAACGCGCGCUCCAAAGCCCUCGAAAUCCACGCGCACCUCGUCAAAUCGGGGCGCUACCUCGACCUCUUCCUCCAGAACUCGCUCCUCCACUUCUACCUCGCCCACAACGACGUCGUCUCCGCCUCAAACCUCUUCCGAUCCAUUCCCUCCCCCGACGUCGUUUCAUGGACCUCACUCAUCUCGGGCCUCGCCAAGUCCGGCUUCGAGGCCCAAGCCCUUCACCAUUUUAUCAACAUGUACGCGAAGCCCAAAAUCGUCAGGCCCAAUGCCGCCACCCUCGUUGCCGCGUUGUGCGCCUGUUCCUCUCUCGGGUCUCUGAGACUCGCCAAGUCUGUUCAUGCUUAUGGACUGCGGUUGUUAAUCUUCGACGGGAAUGUUAUCUUUGGCAAUGCUGUGUUGGAUUUGUACGCCAAGUGUGGAGCGUUGAAGAAUGCACAGAACGUGUUCGAUAAAAUGUUUGUGAGAGACGUGGUUUCUUGGACCACGUUGUUGAUGGGUUACGCGCGUGGUGGCUAUUGUGAAGAGGCUUUUGCUGUGUUUAAACGAAUGGUGCUUAGUGAGGAAGCUCAGCCUAAUGAUGCAACUAUAGUAACUGUUUUAUCAGCUUGUGCCUCUAUUGGAACCUUGAGUUUGGGGCAGUGGGUGCAUUCGUAUAUUGACUCAAGACACGACCUUGUGGUUGAUGGAAAUAUUGGGAAUGCUUUGCUUAACAUGUAUGUGAAGUGUGGAGACAUGCAAAUGGGGUUUAGGGUUUUUGAUAUGAUAGUGCACAAGGAUGUUAUCUCGUGGGGCACCUUUAUUUGUGGACUAGCCAUGAACGGUUACGAGAGAAACACAUUGGAGUUGUUUUCACGCAUGUUGGUUGAAGGGGUUGAACCUGACAAUGUUACGUUUAUUGGGGUGUUGUCUGCAUGCAGCCAUGCAGGGUUGCUGAAUGAAGGGGUUAUGUUUUUCAAAGCAAUGAGGGAUUUUUAUGGCAUUGUGCCGCAGAUGAGGCAUUAUGGUUGCAUGGUGGACAUGUAUGGACGUGCUGGUUUGUUUGAGGAGGCUGAGGCUUUCCUUAGAAGUAUGCCUGUUGAAGCUGAAGGGCCCAUUUGGGGGGCUCUUCUUCAGGCUUGCAAAAUUCAUAGGAAUGAGAAGAUGUCUGAAUGGAUUAGGGGACACCUCAAGGGGAAAAGUGUUGGUGUUGGUACCCUUGCUUUGCUGUCUAAUAUGUAUGCGAGUUCUGAACGGUGGGAUGAUGCUAAAAAGGUUCGGAAGAGUAUGAGAGGGACUGGAUUGAAGAAAGUGGCAGGAUGUAGCUGGGUUGAGCUAGAGAUGUCCAACAACAGAUUGGGUUCAAAUUUGUGUACUGCCUAGUGGGGAUAAGAGAGGGUCAAUUAAGUUUUGACGUGUAGAAUGGUUCCAAGCAAUGAUGUAUAUGACUUCGUAAGAUUGAAAUUGACUAGUCUCAGCGUUUGUAUGUUGAUAUGUAGAAUCAAUGUGAUUUAUUCCAUUCUUGUGCUGCCGUAUUAAGUCAGGGCAAUCCAGUGACGAAAGUGUAAUGUAUAUUCAAUGUAUAGACUUCAAAUUUCACAAGUAUAACAACGAUAUUCAGUGAGUCUUGUCCUUCUUUGUACUUUCUGGAAGACUGGAACUAGUGCAAUGUACAUUAUUAUUGUCUGCAUUUUAAAUUUUUAUACGCUUUGCAUCUUGUUAAUGUAUAGUAUAUAUUUUGAUA